AUGUAUCAAACUCUGUACUCCACAUGUACCAAACUCUGUACUCCACAUGUACCAAACUCUGUAUUCCACAUGUACCAAACUCUGUACUCCACAUGUACCAAACUCUACUCCACAUGUAUCAAACUCUGUACUCCACAUGUACCAAACUCUGUACUCCACAUGUACCAAACUCUGUACUCCACAUGUAUCAAACUCUGUACUCCACAUGUACCAAACUCUGUACUCCACAUGUACCAAACUCUGUACUCCACAUGUAUCAAACUCUGUACUCCACAUGUACCAAACUCUGUACUCCACAUGUAUCAAACUCUGUACUCCACAUGUACCAAACUCUGUACUCCACAUGUACCAAACUCUGUACUCCACAUGUACCAAACUCUACUCCACAUGUAUCAAACUCUGUACUCCACAUGUACCAAACUCUGUACUCCACAUGUAUCAAACUCUGUACUCCACAUGUACCAAACUCUGUACUCCACAUGUAUCAAACUCUGUACUCCACAUGUACCAAACUCUGUACUCCACAUGUAUCAAACUCUGUACUCCACAUGUAUCAAACUCUGUACUCCACAUGUACCAAACUCUGUACUCCACAUGUAUCAAACUCUGUACUCCACAUGUACCAAACUCUGUACUCCACAUGUACCAAACUCUGUACUCCACAUGUAUCAAACUCUGUACUCCACAUGUACCAAACUCUGUACUCCACAUGUAUCAAACUCUGUACUCCACAUGUAUCAAACUCUGUACUCCACAUGUACCAAACUCUGUACUCCACAUGUACCAAACUCUGUACUCCACAUGUACCAAACUCUGUACUCCACAUGUACCAAACUCUGUACUCCACAUGUAUCAAACUCUGUACUCCACAUGUACCAAACUCUGUACUCCACAUGUAUCAAACUCUGUACUCCACAUGUACCAAACUCUGUACUCCACAUGUACCAAACUCUGUACUCCACAUGUACCAAACUCUGUACUCCACAUGUAUCAAACUCUGUACUCCACAUGUACCAAACUCUGUACUCCACAUGUACCAAACUCUGUACUCCACAUGUACCAAACUCUGUACUCCACAUGUACCAAACUCUGUACUCCACAUGUACCAAACUCUGUACUCCACAUGUACCAAACUCUAUACUCUACAUGUACCAAACUCUGUACUCCACAUGUACCAAACUCUGUACUCCACAUGUAUCAAACUCUGUACUCCACAUGUACCAAACUCUGUACUCCACAUGUAUCAAACUCUGUACUCCACAUGUACCAAACUCUGUACUCCACAUGUAUCAAACUCUGUACUCCACAUGUACCAAACUCUGUACUCCACAUGUACCAAACUCUGUAUUCCACAUGUACCAAACUCUGUACUCCACAUGUACCAAACUCUACUCCACAUGUAUCAAACUCUGUACUCCACAUGUACCAAACUCUGUACUCCACAUGUAUCAAACUCUGUACUCCACAUGUACCAAACUCUGUACUCCACAUGUAUCAAACUCUGUACUCCACAUGUACCAAAAUCUGUACUCCACAUGA